CUUUAGUCGACAUUUUCCGUGCGCGGGUUCUUGCUUUUCAGAAAUGUCAUCUUCUGACAGGGGCCCAGAGAUGAAGGGUGAGAAACAAAGCUCAUCUGGUACUGCUGAUGGAGCCCCCGUCAUCUCACCAGUCGAAUCAAAGCAACCGUUCCCACCCCUCUCUCCUGAUGACCUCGCCGCAACGUCCCAUCAUACCUAUGAGAGCAUCUACGCAGAGGAGGACGAACAGGAACUAACAUCUCCACAUCAUGCGGAUGUGGAAGUUGAAGAUGACGAUGUGGAUUUCCAGUCCCACUACUCCCUGGACAACCAGUCGUUCUCCGAUGCUUCCACGGAUUCGGAGGAGCUGUCUCCCGACGAUGGCAUCGGUAUGCACCACCCAUUUCGACAGUCCUCGAGUUCUCUCCACGGACCGAAUGCCUUUGCGCCACCAUUCUAUAAUCGACCGCCAACGCCGCUACCUCCAUCGCCAUCCUUGACCUCGCUCCUCAGACCCCCGUUUUCGACCACUACUUCUCGCCCCACCACCCCUGAUAGCUCCGAUGUGGAAACACCCAAUGACACUGAAGCUGCCGUGGCCAAGUCAGCCCGGCGUGCGACAACUGUUCCGCGGGCGAGCCCGAAAGUGCCUACCUACGAAUACUAUGGCUUUGUUCUCUACCUGGGCUCUUCGCUGGCCUUCUUGAUCUAUAUUCUCUGGUCCUUUCUUCCAUCCCCCUUCCUCCAUCAGCUUGGCAUAUACUAUUACCCCAACCGUUGGUGGUCACUGGCAUUCCCCUCUUGGCUGGUUAUGUCCAUUAUCUACAUUUAUGUCGCCUUGGCGUCGUACAAUACGGGCUACUUGACUCUCCCGAUGAAUAGCAUUGAGAACAUAGUGGAUGAGGUGGCCAACGUGGCAGUAAUCGACGGUAAAGCUAGAAGGCGACCUGGUGGCGCCGCGCAAAUGCGGCCUGGUGCGACCUCAUAUCAGAUCAUGGGACCCCAGAAUCGGAAGGUUAAUUGGCCAGAGAUAUGGAAUGAGGGGACCGAUGCCGUGAUGGAUAUCCCUGUGGGGGGCGUCUGUGAAGUUUUGUACGGCCAAGAACGGGAUGAUGAUGAGUUGUAUGAUGAGGUAUCCGAUGCGAGAGAGACUUGACCAACCGGUGUUAGAGCCAGCUUACACUUGAGAUCUCGUGAGAAAACGAGUUGUCUGGCCUUCUGGUCGGCCAGCGCAUUCUGAAUGCUGUUCAGUGUUCGCGCACUUGCUUGCUUCCACGACGCAAAAUUACUGGUAGCAAGGGGGGUGGGCCUUUAUUCACACUGACGAGUUGAAUGAUCGCAGAACCAAAUUCUGGAAUGGCGAGCUGAGCCAACUCCCCCAGACAGAUCACUAGGUAUGGGAGCAAUGGGUUGCGGGUACCCAUAUAUUUGGAAUUCUUCAACACCCUCUGCCAUUAUCGGUAUUGCGUGGCGUGGCCUUCAACCGUGCAAUAUGGGCGUUUAGGCACACUCCACUCACCUGGCCCAGUCCGAUUGUCAACGAGACUGUGGAGGCAGUACUUCGUAUACAACAGAGAUUGACGCGGACUGAAACCCGUCAUUUGCUGCAAAUAAGCGAAACGGUGUUCUAGAGAUGCAAAGUACUGGUUGUAUACUUUGACCUCUUGAUACGGGGAAUACCCGCGUCUUCUACGAGAAAGAUGGCGGAAGUGAAGAAGGACAAAUCGUCUAUCAACCUAUAUACUACAAUAGAGGUUCUUAUGAAUGAGACAUCUGGUUCCUGAAAGGAUGACGCUCGUAUUGUCCCACUGUCAAUCUCUUUACAGGUCACAAACGUUAGUAGCAUGGGGCACGUUAAGCUUGCAGGGUCCAGCCCACAGCCAAAAGCAGCUAAGGCAAGCCUCG